GAACCUACAUCCCUGAACUCUUACUCCAGUCAGUAGAAUAGCGGUGAGCCGGCUGCAACGUGCUCAGUCUGUGUUCGACAGUGUCGAAGAAUAGAGCCUCCGAAAGAAUACUUAUUGAGAAAAUGGCAACGUUAAAAGAUCAACUUUUAACUACUGUGACGGAACAUGUGCCAAGUGGUAGAAACAAAAUCACAGUAGUCGGUGUGGGUCAAGUUGGAAUGGCCUGUGCUUUUAGCAUCUUGACAAAUCACGUUUCGAGUGAUGUGGUAUUAAUUGAUGUGAUGAUAGACAAACUAAAAGGGGAGAUGUUGGACUUGCAACAUGGCAGUGCAUUUAUGAAAAAUGCAAAAGUCAAUGCUAGUACAGAUUACGCUGCUACUGCCAAUUCGAGCCUCUGCAUUGUUACGGCGGGUGCUCGUCAGCGUGAAGGCGAAAGCAGACUGGAUUUGGUUCAACGUAACACUGACAUCUUCAAAGGCAUCAUUCCACAGUUAGUCAAAUAUAGCCCGAACACGAUUCUCCUGAUCGUUUCUAACCCUGUGGAUAUUUUAACAUAUGUGGCAUGGAAACUCUCCGGCUUGCCGAAGAAUAAAGUCAUUGGUAGCGGUACAAAUCUGGACUCUGCUCGCUUCCGCUUCCUGUUAUCUCAAAAACUUAACGUCGCACCUACAUCCUGCCAUGGUUGGAUUAUCGGGGAACAUGGUGACACCAGCGUGCCUGUAUGGUCCGGAGUUAAUGUUGCUGGAGUGCGUUUGCGUGAUCUCAACGAAAACGUGGGUACUGACAAAGACAAGGAACAUUGGAAUGAGCUACAUAAACAGGUAGUACAAAGCGCGUACGAGGUGAUCAAGUUGAAGGGCUAUACUUCUUGGGCUAUUGGUCUCAGCGUAUCGCAUCUUGCAUCAGCAAUAUUAAGAAAUUCCAAUCAAGUGCAUGCUGUAUCCACGUUGGUUACUGGUUAUCAUGGAAUUAAGGAAGAAGUGUUUUUAUCCUUACCUUGCACGCUGGGUGAAGAUGGCGUCACGCACAUCGUUCAGCAGAAGUUAACAGACGAUGAACUUGCACUGUUACAUAAAUCUGCAGUGAUGAUGAACGAAGUGCAACAAGGCCUCAAAUUUUAGAAGAAUUAUCUUUAUAUAUUAUCUUUAUCUACGUAUAUUUAUUUUAUUUUAUUUUUAUGUGUUUUUGUGUGUCGAUUUAUAUCCAAUUUAUGUGUACUUACAUGUUUCAGAUGUCAACACACACUAUCAUGCAUAUAUACAAGUUUACUCAUAUAUACAUACAUAUUUUUUAGAUAUAAAUGUUUUUAACUACAUAAUAUCUAUAUUCACAUACUACUUGUAACACGUGUAUGUGUGAGAAAGUUAAAAAUAUGAAAUAUUUGGCUA